UGCAGGGCAAUCCCUUAACUCGUGACUGAGCCCACACGGUUCAUGUCCGAUUAGUGUAGUCACAUGGUAGUCUUUUUGUGUAGCCUACUUCAGAAGAGUAGCUGUUGGUGAUCAUCCAUGUUUUCCUCUGUGUUUUGUUCUAUAUUUUUUCCUUCCGCCGUCUGAGAGUCUGUCUCGUGAACUAUUUAUUGACUUAUAUGUUGCGCGGUCACUAUGAUGUAUCUCCUGCUUCUGACACUGUGUGCCAGUGGUGUGUUGGCCGACCCCGAGUCAAACGCUCAACUCGACGCUCAACUAGACGAGCAGUGGCGCCUGUGGAAGAACUGGCACAGCAAAGAUUACCACCCGAAAGAGGAAGGCUGGAGAAGGAUCGUGUGGGAGAAGAACUUGAAGAAGAUUGAGUUGCACAACCUGGAGCACUCUAUGGGCAAGCACAGCUACCGUCUGGGCAUGAACCAUUUUGGUGACAUGACACACGAGGAGUUCAGACAAGUGAUGAAUGGCUAUAAGCGCAGGUCCGAUGGGACAGUCAGAGGAUCACUGUUCAUGGAGCCCAAUUUCCUUCUGGUGCCUAAGGAGGUGGACUGGAGAGAGAAGGGCUAUGUGACUCCAGUCAAAGACCAGGGCGAGUGCGGGUCCUGCUGGGCGUUCAGCACUACGGGGGCGCUGGAGGGGCAGCAGUUCAGGAAGACGGGCCGGCUGGUGUCCCUGAGCGAGCAGCAGCUGGUGGACUGCUCCCGGCCCGAGGGGAACCAGGGCUGCCACGGAGGCCUGAUGGACCAGGCCUUCCAGUACAUCAAGGACAACCGCGGCCUGGACUCUGAGGCGUCCUACCCCUACCUAGGCACCGAUGACCAGCCCUGCCACUAUGACCCAGACUACAACUCUGCCAACGACACGGGCUUCGUGGACAUAGCGAGCGGUAGGGAGCACGGCCUGAUGAAGGCAGUGGCCGCAGUGGGACCCGUGUCCGUGGCUAUCGACGCCAGCCACGAGUCCUUCCAGUUCUACCAGUCCGGGAUCUACUAUGAGAAGGCCUGCAGCAGUGAGGAGCUGGACCAUGGCAUGCUGGUGGUGGGCUACGGCUACGAUGACGACGAGGAUGCCAACACGAAGUACUGGAUCGUCAAGAACAGCUGGGGUGUGAAGUGGGGCAUGAAAGGGUACAUCCACAUGGCCAAGGACCGGCACAACCACUGCGGCAUCGCCACCGCAGCCAGCUACCCUAUGGUGUGACAUCGCCAGGCAGAUCCGCCAUCGCUGGUUUGGGUCCAAUCUAACCAAGGGACCAAGAGGAGAACCGCCUGAACAGUGGCAUGGCGUUCGGCACAGUGGCAUGGCGUUCGGAGGGUUCCAGUUGUUUAAUUAUUAAAACACUUUUACAAGGAAUUAACUAUUUCUGUAUAAAACCUGCUUUUUACUUGUGUACUUUUCUGCAUGCUUUAUAGUUAUAUAUUUAAACUAAAGUGCGGCUUAUAAUAAUCAAGCAUGUUGACUUGAUGUAUGAGUAUGUUAGUAUUCUGUUGUAGCUUAGUGUGUCUGUUGUACAAACGUCUUUUAGCUAUUUGUGUUUUUCUGUCCAUUAAAAAGUUUUAAAAGGUG